GAGAGAGAUAGAGGAGAGACAGAACGAGAGAGAGCGCGUGGAACAGAGCGUUCUAUUUCUCAGAGAUGAGCAGCUGCUAGGCAGACGCUGUCUUGAAAGCAGAGAGACAGUGAGAGAGACCAUUUGGUCUCUGAUCGCGAGAGCGAGCGAGAAAGAGAGGGAGGGGGAGAGAAAGAUAAAGCGAGAGAGAGAGAGAGAGAGAGAGACACACACACACAGCGUGAGGUUGUGGUUUAAGCAGGCACUAGCCGUGCGUUUAGGGAAACCCACAGACUCAGCUCCCUGGGAUAAAAGACUCGUUUCUCACCCCUUUCUUUCACUAUUUAGAUCCUCCAGAGAGCCCCUACUCUUUUUUCAUCCUUUUAUUUUAUUCCCUCCAUCUUUUCUCAUCCUCCUGCUUUCGCCUGCGGAAAGAGCUGGAACGCUGUGGUCUGCCUGAAACGCGUCAAACCGACACCGGAGGCCGAUGCUGUGACACUACAGGAGAAACCAACAGGCUCUCAUUUGAUGCAGUGAAUUGCUCCCUGAGACAAACGCAAGCAAAGGUUUGCUGGCCAUGGGGAACCUCAUUAAGGUCCUUGGCAAGGAUUUAGAAAACUGUCCUCAUUUUUUCCUGGAUUUUGAAAAUGCCCAGCCCACAGAGGCAGAGACGGCUGUGUGGAACCAGGUUAGUGCCGUGCUGGAGGAGGCUCAUGGCAUACUGGCAGAGUUGCAGUCUUAUAAUGGAGCAGGACAGGAAAUAAGAGAGGCUAUUCAGAACCCCAAUGACCUCCAGCUGCAGGAGAAAGCCUGGAACGCAGUCUGCCCCCUGGUGGCCAAACUGAAGAGAUUCUAUGAAUUUUCUCUCAGGCUAGAGAAUGCUCUGCGCAGUCUCCUGGAGGCUCUGACCAGCCCACCGUACGCCCCCAUGCAGCAUCUGGAGAGAGAGCAGGCCCUGGCCAAACAGUUCGCAGAGAUCCUGCACUUCACCCUCAGCUUUGAUGAGCUUAAGAUGACAAAUCCAGCCAUACAGAAUGACUUCAGUUACUACAGGAGGACCAUCAGUAGGAAUCGGCUGAACAACCAGCAGUUAGAGGCGGAAAACGAAGUGAACAACGAAAUGGCCAAUCGGAUGUCCCUCUUCUAUGCCGAAGCCACACCCAUGCUGAAAACCCUGAGCAAUGCCACGACUAAGUUUGUGUCAGAGAACAAGACUUUGCCAAUCGAAGACACCACAGACUGCCUGAGCACUAUGGCCUGCGUGUGCCGUGUCAUGCUGGAGACUCCGGAGUACAGGUGCCGUUUCACAAACACAGACACCAUGCUGUUCUGCAUGCGCGUGAUGGUGGGCGUCAUCAUCCUUUAUGACCACGUUCAUCCAGUCGGUGCCUUUGCCAAGACCUCCAAGAUUGAUAUGAAGGGCUGUAUCAAGGUGUUGAAAGAGCAGCCUUCAAACAGCGUGGAGGGCCUGUUGAAUGCAUUGAGGUACACGACAAGACAUUUAAAUGAUGACAGCACCUCUAAACAAAUACGAGCCCUGCUUCAAUGAAAGAUGGAGGUCGGGAUGCUGACGACACAGACUGUCAGAGAACAAACCAAGCCGUGAGCGAACCUCCGAAAGCUGUUUACAAGAGCGCAAUGCAACUUGAUCUCAAAUUAAAUAAGAUAUUCUAGAAAAGAAAAAGGAAUAUGAAAAUAAAUAUAUAUAGAGAUUGUUGAUGGUUCAUCAUCGUGUGUCAUUUUAUAAAACAGGAAGAAUAGAGAUAUAUAUGUAUAUUCAUAUUCAACCACUGAACAAAACCGCCGCCUAAGACCCUCUUUCAAAACACAUUUGAUUUGGGUUAAAACCAACAAAAACAAUGGUUCAUAUUCCAAGGUACCGUCUAACAGUAUUUUUGCACACUUGAAAGUAACAGGAACCCCAUUUCACUAGAAAGAUUUUCAGAAUGGCUUGAAACUGUAUAUUCCAUAUUCGUGCGUUUAGACUCGAUCUGAUUUUAAUGCCUUUGCCUCAUGCUUCAUCUGACGCAUUCUGGAAGUCGUGGAUUUCCGGAUAACAUUGCAGUUUCAUCUGGUUGAAGGUUACAGGAUAAAUGUAAAGAUCACACUUGAAAUCCUAAGCGUGCUACAGUAUAUGCGGAGGUUUACGUUUCAUUUAGCUGUAUAUAUAUUCAGAAAGCACAGGAUAGUUUUGUAAAGAAAUGAAGCAUUUUGCUUGACUCGCUCACUAGUGCUGUACAGCAAUACAACCAAGGUAACACAAACACAGCAAUUCAAUUGAACUGCCUUCACACAAGCCAGACAACUGCUAAUAAUUCAUGUGUGGAAAGUCACGGUCAGCUGUACAUAUCAUGACACCGACGAUCCUUUAAACAGCUUCAGUUUUGUGUUUGCUCUUGUAAAUUUUAGUCGCGAAAUGAUACGAGUAAAAGCCAUGAAACCACAUUACAGAUGCGACACACGUUCUGCCCUGUGCCAUAUCUGCUUCCUAUAUCACUGCACGUCAUUUAUCUGAUUGGAGGGCCAUUUUGCAAAUAUCAUCUGCAGGAAAAAAACAUCCAUUCAAAUAGAUUUAGCAUUGAGAAAGACAACACAACAAUCCUGGGUUGGACCGCGAGCAAAUCGUUGCCAAACGAGACCUUUUAGAUAACCAGAAGUGAUGCUGUGUGAUGUUUGCGUGCUUAUUUUCUCAAUCAGAUGUUUUCAAUCCCUUAUAUGGAACAAUACAUACGACUCAAAAUCAGGCUUGAACCUAUAACGUAACACUCGGUGUAAAUAAAAAAUAUUACAAGGCCUUCUACACAAAUGAUCAAUAGUUCUGUUAGAAAUACAGAAUUAUGUACGGAAACAAGUGGAUUUAAAAACAAACGAGUGACUCCAAAAGCAGUGCCGUAUUUUGGAUGUCUCAUUAGUCUGAGUUGAUUUGAUCUUCUAAUGCGUUUUCUACAUGGAGUUCUGUCGAAAAAGCAAACUCUGUAUGAAUAUAUAGAUGGCAUGCUGUACAAGUUCAGACAAGAUUGUAAAUAUGGUGUUUUUAUUCAUUUUUAAUUGUUCAGUGAAUCUGAAUUGGGUGUGUGUUGUCUCUAAGACCAUGCGUUUUGGCUUGGACCAUCGGACUUGCUGUAGACAUAUGUUCCAGAUCUUCAACUUCAUAUCAGCGGGAGAAAAAAAGAGAAAGAGGGCAGGGUGGGAGAUAGGGGCUGUCCAUUUGCUUGUUAUUUUGUACAUUUUGUGCAAGAAAUAAACUUGUCAUUUACUACAUUCAA